AUGUUAAAGAAAGCAGCACAACAACAAACCCUUAAGGACUUGAAUCAGAAACUCACUGAAAGACUUAACAAGAAUGUCGAGGAAAUUGACAAGCUCAUGAAGAAUGCUAACGUUCCCCAAUACACUGCAGUUCCAGAUAUUGGAGUUUUACAAAACCUAUUAGGAGAAUGCGAGGAUUCAGAGUUCUGGCACAACUUCAAGAAAGCAGCCCCAAUUCUUUUCUGCUCAGCAAUUGAACACGAUGUUGGCAUGAAGCAACUCAGAGACAUGAGUUUCAUUGAGGAGUUAUUGAAGACCAAGUCAAUUAUGAGAUUAAUGAAGGAUAAGGUAGCCAAGGGCGACGCAGAUAUCGAUAUUGUAGAGUAUUCCCUCGCCACCAAGAUGCUUGAGAACAAACUUCAAGUCCUCCAAGCCCUUAACAUCAAUGUCGAGAGCUCAGAAGACCAAAACAAGAUCACCUUGAAUGUGCACGGCAGUGGCAAGUCAAUUGAAAUCGAUUUAGUUAAGUUGAGAGAAGCCAUCACCAUCCAUGAUAAAAAAGUUGAAGAGAAGGAGGCUAUUGUUGAGAAUAAAGCCAUCGUUGAACAUAUCAAUAUUGAUAACAUCACUGAUGAGGAAUUCUUGAAGCUCGCAACUGAGAAGAUCCUUCCCCUUCAAAAGACUGCUAACAAGACCUUGACUAAGGAGUCAUUCAUUAAGAUCUUCAAGUACACUGGAGAUUUCGCAAAGAUCAAGGCUAGAGAAGUAAAGUCUAAAGCUUAGGAAAGAAGAUGUGCUGAAUUCGGAAAAGAUGCCAAGAAGUAUCUUGAUGCCCUUAAGCAAACUGUCCAAGAAGAGGAGCAAGCUUAUGAAAAAUCAUCAUAGGAAAUGUUCGAGAAAAUUUGCAUUACCCCAGAGAUGUUCGAGAGAAGUCAACAAGAAUUAAUGAUGGACCCAUACGUCUCAAUGGAGCUUUUCAAUAUGGGAAUCAGCAUGGAACAACCAUCAGGAGAGGCACCAGCUGAACUCACCAAUGAAAAAACCGUCAGUUUAGUCAAGGAGAGCAACAACUUCGCCUUCGACCUCUUCAAGAAGGAAUAUCUCGAUCAACUCAGAUACGAUCCAAUGAUGAUGCCAGUCUUAAUCAGUGCUAUCGCUCACGAUUGGGUUUACAAGAAUCACGGAUUCACUGAAGACUAAUUCAAGGCUGCAUUAUUCACUCACAAAAUAUAUGAAGACCCAGAAGUUGCUAUGCACAUGCAAACCAAAUAAAUGGAACUCUUACAGCUAAGCGGCGGCUUCAACCCCAUGAUGAUGGGCAUGGGCGGAAUGGGUGGAAUGGGAGGUCCUCCUCCUAUGGGUCCACCAAUGGGCGGAUACGGUGGUGCCGGUCCCUAUGGCGGUCCAGGUCUUUUCUGA